AUGUUGGAGUUUAGCCGCGUACAAAAGCCGGUGGCCGAUAAGAUGAGCUCUAUAGUGAACGCGGCGGCGGACGUGCUGUCGGGUACAGCUAUUGCCACGGCUGCUGGAUCGCAGGUAGCCUGGUUUAUCCCGAUGUUAGUGGCAGCAAUAGCAUACUACCAGUUUGACGCUUCGGACCCAGAGGCACGUCCUGCAGACGUGGAUGAUUCAUUAAUGCUGCCACAAUACGAUUUUAUCAUCGUCGGAGCUGGAUCUGCUGGUGCAGUAGUAGCAAAUCGUCUAUCAGAGAUAGCAAAUUGGAACGUUUUAUUGUUGGAAGCCGGAGGAGAUGAGACGGAGAUAUCCGAUGUCCCUCUCUUGGCUGGAUACUUGCAGCUCAGCAAGUUAGAUUGGCAGUAUAAGACUGAGCCGUCAGGAACUACUUGUUUAGCGAUGAAAGACGGCCGUUGCAAUUGGCCUCGGGGCAAGGCUCUUGGUGGAAGCUCGGUCCUCAACUACAUGUUAUAUUUACGAGGAAACAAGAAAGACUACGACACGUGGGAGGCCCUUGGCAACAAAGGUUGGAGCUACAACGACGUGCUGUAUUAUUUUAAGAAGUCUGAAGAUAAUAAAAACCCUUAUCUAGCACAAACUCCCUAUCACAGUACGGGCGGAUACUUAACUAUUGCAGAGGUACCUUACCAUACUCCUCUUGUAUCCAAUUUUAUAGAAGGAGGCUUAGAGAUGGGUUACAUGAAUAGAGAUAUAAACGGAGAAAAUCAGACGGGGUUUAUGGUAGCGCAAGGCACAGUACGACGGGGCAGUCGUUGCUCCACAUCUAAGGCGUUUCUUAGGCCCGCGAAGGACCGAAAGAACUUGCACAUAGCAAUGAACUCACACGUAACAAAAGUAAUGAUAGAUCCCAGAACAAAAGUAGCUUUUGGGGUUGAAUUUGUAAGAAAUAAAAUGCUUUACCGUAUACGAGCUAAAAAAGAAGUAAUUUUAUCAGCAGGUACUAUAAACUCAGCGCAGUUAUUGAUGUUGUCAGGUAUAGGUCCUGCAGAGGAACUAAACAAACACAGAAUACCGUUGAUUCGGAAUUUGAAGGUUGGGAGUAAUUUACAGGAUCACGUUGGCCUGGGUGGUUUAGCAUUCACUGUUAAUCAACCAGUAUCAAUAGUCGAAAAUCGUCUUCUUACAGUCAGCAACUUAAUGGAGUACGCGGUAAUGGGAGAAGGGCCUUUAACUAUUAUGGGAGGAGUUGAAGGCUUGGCUUUUGUUAAUACUAAAUACGCAAAUGCAACUGACGAUUUCCCAGAUGUUGAAUUUCAUUUCAUCUCUGGCUCUACGAAUUCAGAUGGAGGUGAGCAGAUACGCAAAAUUCAUGGAUUAGUAGAGACUUUUUAUGACGCUGUGUUCAGGCCAAUAAACAAUAUGGAUGUAUGGAGUGUCAUCCCGAUGCUACUGAGGCCAAAAAGUAGAGGCUUUAUUCAACUACGCAGUGCAAAUCCUUAUGACUAUCCGUAUAUAUAUCCUAACUACCUCGCCGAUGAGAUGGAUGUGAAAACUUUAGUUGAAGGUGUCAAAAUAGCUGUAGCUCUGUCCAGAACACGAGCGUUCCAAAAAUAUGGUUCAUAUUUAAACAAGCACGUGUUCCCGGCUUGUGUCAGUAUUAAGAGAUAUACGGACGAGUACUGGGAAUGCAUGAUAAGACAGUACACAUGUACGAUUUAUCAUCCUGUGGGAACGGCGAAAAUGGGACCUUAUUGGGACCCUGAUGCUGUUGUUGACAGUCAACUAAGGGUAUAUGGGGUGAAGAGUUUGAGGGUGAUAGACGGUAGUAUUAUGCCAAAUAUAGUCAAAUAUGCAAGCCCUGAGAGAUGUCAUAACACAUCAAAAGAUUUGCUGAUCACAAUAACUUGUCAUAAUGAUUGA